GGGCAGGGAGAGCCCGCAGAGCAGGCAGCGCUGGCUGCAGGAGGCAGCGGGAGCGGAGGGCGCUGCUGCAGCCGGCCCCAGGAUGUAGGCGAGCAGCUGGAGAGCUCCUGCCGGCACAAGGGCUCACCAUGAAGAAACACUCAGCCAGGGUGGCCCCGCUCAGCGCGUGCAACAGUCCGGUCCUUACCCUCACCAAAGUGGAAGGGGAUGAGCACUCCCGGGAAUCUCCAGCCCCAGCAGAAGCACAGAUGCAGGCUGGGGUGGAAGGCAGUGGAAGGGGAAAUCGUUGCUGUUGGAAAUGCUCAGUGACCCAACUCAAGAAAUUUUUCUGGGGAGUGGCAGUGGUCCUGGGUGUCUGCUCCUCCUGGUCAGGUUCAACCCAGCUAGCAAAAUUGACCUUUAAGAAAUUCGAUGCACCCUUCACUCUGACAUGGUUUGCAACAAACUGGAACUUUUUAUUUUUUCCUUUGUAUUAUAUUGGACAUGUUUUCAAAUCACCUGAGAAACAGUCUCCGAAGCAGAGAUACAGGGAGUGCUGCCGAUUUUUUGGAGACAAUGGCUUGACUAUGAAGGUGUUUUUUACCAAGGCAGCACCCUUUGGUGUUCUUUGGACACUCACAAACUACCUGUACUUACAUGCAAUAAAGAAAAUAAACACUACGGAUGUCUCCGUGUUGUUCUGCUGCAACAAAGCUUUUGUGUUCUUGCUUUCAUGGAUCGUUCUCAGGGACAGGUUCAUGGGAGUGAGGAUUGUGGCUGCUAUACUUGCUAUUGCAGGGAUAGUCAUGAUGACCUAUGCUGAUGGAUUCCACAGUCAUUCAGUUAUUGGAAUAGCACUUGUUGUGGGAUCUGCCUCAAUGUCUGCUCUUUAUAAGGUUUUGUUCAAACUUCUCCUGGGCAGCGCUAAAUUUGGAGAAGCCGCCUUAUUCUUGUCUGUGUUAAGUGUCUUCAAUGUCCUUUUCAUCACCUGUAUUCCUGUCAUUCUGUACUUUACCAAAGUGGAAUACUGGAGCUCUUUUGAUGUUAUUCCUUGGGGGAACCUUUGUGGAUUUUCAAUUCUCUUAUUGACAUUCAAUAUUCUAUUAAAUUUUGGAAUUGCUAUUACAUAUCCUACCUUGAUAUCUCUUGGAAUUGUACUCAGCGUACCUGUCAAUGCAAUUGUUGAUCACUACACGAGUGAAAUUGUCUUCAACAGUGUCCGUGUAAUUGCCAUUGUCAUCAUUGGCCUGGGCUUCCUCUUAUUGCUUCUACCAGAGGAAUGGGACGUCUGGUUAAUGAAGCUCCUCACCCGCCUCAAAGUGCGGAAGAAGGAAGAGAUCCCCGACGGGAAUGGAGACAUUGUUUCAGGACUGCAGAGCAAAAGCAGGAGAACUCGCCCUUCCAUGUCAUCCUUUGCUCAUUAAUGUUAUUUUUACUGAAACUCUGUGAUUAACAUUGUAUGUUAUGAUUCAAGGAUGUUUUCUUGCGAAGCACAUGCGUCCAGUAUAGUGUACAUACCUGUACAGUUUUGAUAUGAUACAGUCUAAGGCAUCAAGUUUUGGCAUGUCCUAUUUGCUUGCACUUUUUUCACAUCAGACCUUUCACUUAGAAUUACCACUU